AUGGUUCGCGCUCCUAGAGUUGAUCGCAUCCGCCAUGUCGGGGGAGCUGGAGCCAACAAUGGCUACACAUACUAUCCCGUGGUCAUCAUUGGCGCUGGCGAGUCUGGCAUCGCCAUGGGCUGCCGGCUACGGUCAGUGCUAGGGUUCGAUCAAUUUCGAAUAAUCGAGCGUCGCCCAGAAAUCGCGGGAACCUGGACCACAAACACCUACCCCGGCAUUGCGUGUGAUGUGCUUGCACAACUGUACAGCUAUUCCUGGGCCCAAAAUCCUUUGUGGUCUGAUCUCCUGCCACCCGGCCCAGAGAUCGCGCGUUAUCUUUACGAUGUAUGCGAGAAAUUCCAGAUCAUCGAUAAGAUCCAGCUCGACACCUCCGUUCGUUCGACGAACUGGGUCGAGAGCGACGAGGAAUGGGAAGUCACGCUCGACCAUCUCGCUCCUGGCGUCGGCGAUAUGUCCAGUAACGAGCGCGCUGAAUACGCCAAGACUCACGGUGAAAGUACAGCCGUCCUUCGGACAGAGAAGAUACGCGCCAAAAUCGUCAUCAGCGCCUGCGGUGGUCUCGUUGAGCCCCGACCAUUCAAGAACCUACCAGGACUCGACAGCUUUCAGGGCGACAUCAUGCACACUGCUCGCUGGGAUAAGAAUGUGCCUCUGAAAGACAAGUCUAUCGUUGUGGUAGGCACGGGUUGCUCGGCUGCACAAGUCGUCCCACAGCUCAUAAAGCCACACAUUGGCGCCAAAAAGGUCACGCAAUUGAUGCGCUCUCCGCCCUGGAUGGUUCCGUUCAUCACGCCUGAAGGGCGCAAAGUCUGGCGCAAAUGGGUACCUCGUCUUAACACGUACAUUCCUGGGUUUCAAGACUCCUUCAGGAAGCUCAUGUUCACCUUCAUAGAAGCUGAAUGGUAUAUGUUGUUCGCACCAACCGAAAAGGCUCGCCAAAAUCGUGCAGCGAAAUCCAAAGAGCUCCUUGCUUACAUGCGCAAGACGGCACCCGAGAAGUAUCACGAUAUUUUGACGCCGAACUACGAGGUGUUUUGCAAACGACGCGUGGUUGAUGAUGGGUGGUUCGGCAGUCUUCACGACCCGCGCAUCGAACUCACCACGCAAGCCAUCUCACGAGUCAAUGCCACUAGCGUGACUCUCGGUCCUGGCCGACACUAUCCACCAGAAUCAGACACAUCCAGCAAACACCCCACCGCAGAGCGCGAAAUCGACGCCGAUGUCAUCGUAAUGGCAAACGGCUACGAGACAAAUGCCUGGCUCCACCCCUUGACCGUGUACGGCCGAGAUGGAAAAUCCCUCGAAGAAGUAUGGAAGCAACGCGGUGGUGCACAGGCAUACAUGGGACUCGCGAUGGACGGCUUUCCGAACUUCUUCCUCGUCUUCGGACCCAACACUGUGACUGGUCAUACUUCCGUAAUCAUCGCGACCGAGAACGCUGUGAAUUAUAUCCUCAAGCUCGUGAAGGGCAUCGUUCAAGGAGACGUGCGCACUUACGAAGUCAAGGAGUCUGCUGAACGACAAUGGACAAAUUGGACGCAAGCCCAGCUCAAAAACUCACUCUACAACAGUGGCGGAUGUGGGAACUGGUAUGUCAAUCCGAAGACAGGGUGGAACUCGUCGACCUAUCCGAGCAGUCAAAUCGAUGCCAGCAUUCGGCAUAUGUUUGUCAAGUGGUGGGACUGGGACGCGGUGCGAACAAGGAAGGGCACGAUCAAGCUUGGUCUUGGGAGAUUGCUCAAGCUGCUUGCGCUGGUGACAGCGGUGUACGGGGCGUAUUAUCGAUUGAAGUAUGGGAGGGUAGCGUUGCAGGGACGGGUCAAGCAGCAGCUCGUGAGCUUGCUCGGGGUCGCACAAAGAAUUCUGGAGUCUUUUCGGGCGCGUGUUGGGAUUUAG